AUGAAGCUUUCAACAUACCUCCCGAUCUUGGCUGGAACACUUGCCGUCGCCCUUCCAAUAGAAGCUCUCACGAAGCGCGACAACAAAUUUUGUGUUACUCAAGGCCCAGGUACAUGUACCUUCGGGUGGCAAGAAUAUACCAAUUUCAAUGGAGAUUUCUCCUCCGAGGCCAGAAUUUACGAUCACAAAUGCAUUCAAAAGGGAGGUCUUAUAAGCCCUAAUAUUGACCAAUUUGUGACAGUCACAUCAGCCAACCCUCCCAUGACCGUUUCGAUAAACGGAUGGGCUCAGCCUCCACAACUAGUUACUCAAGCAAUCCCAAAGUUCAAUUUCAAAGGUAAGACCUGGGGUGGAAAAGACGGAUGUGCCUGCGGGACAGGAGAAGGACCCAAUUUCUGGGGAUGUAGAUGUGCGUUCGAUUGCCCUUAG